AUGGCCUCCAAGGCAGUUGCGAAAGCUGCGGCUGGCGGCAUUGUGGAGAUCUCCAAGAAACACACCCUUCAGUCCACCGGCGUCUGGGAACGCAUCCGCCGCUCCCUCGCCAUCGACCCGAACCGCUCCUCCGGCGUGCCCUUGAACCCGACCUUCCGCAACCCGGCGCCCGGCUCCCUGGACCCCCUCCAGUACGACGACCCCGUCACCGUGCCCGCGGGCGACAUCGCCGACAACCCGUACUGGAAGCGCGACUCCCGCCGCAACUACCCGGCCCUCAGCGUCGUCAACCAGGCCGACGUCGUCGGCCUGCUCUCGGUCGGCUCCGCGGCCAACCCGCGCGUCGAGCUCAUCGGCGAGGCCGGCGAGAAGGCGCUCGUCGCCGCCCAGCAGGAGGCCCAGACCACCGGCAUCGCGGCGUACCUCGAGAAGAACGGCACCGCCGUCGAGGCGGGCAAGGAGCAGCUCUUCACCAACGGCCUGCCGCCCACGCCCAGCGGCCACGACCUCAAGAGCGGAAAGUGGGACGUGCACAAGUACAAGGUCAACGAGGACCAGUCCUACGGCGAAGCUUACCCCUGCAGGACGUUCACAUAG